AUGACGAGAGAGACAUGGCAGCAAUCGUAUUUGUACCCUGGGCCACUGCUGGUGCGGAACACCUUCAUCGACGACCCUUUAGGUCGCGACUGCUUGACCGAAGGCUUCUUGCAUGAGCGCCAGGCUUUCUCCUGUCCUGUGAGCCGGAUCUCAGAGCCUGGGAGCGGAGUGGAGGUGCCUACCGAGGCCGACAAAGUGGUUCUACCGGAGGCUCCGCCCGAAGAUGCGGAGAGCUCGGACUGCAGCACCUCCUGCACCGAUGGCCUCCUACUCCCUGCAGCGCCGCAACAUGUGCCUCCACCCGAGGCGGACUUCGGGUUCGGCGUGCGGCUUUCAGAACUUCCGAGUGGCCCUAGCGCUGGUAGCGAAAAGGUGCACACUGCCCUGGCUCCCGACUUCCGCUACCAGUACUUGCCUGCAGAAGGAGUCGCUCCCCUGGCGCCGCCGCCCGAUUGGGAGCCAACACUCCCGCCCCAGGUGCUUCGCUUGGAAGAGGCCCUGAAGGACGAAGCUUCGGUCAGCCAAGUCCACCAGGCAGCGGCGCUGGCAGCUGCGGCUGCGAUUGCUGCCAGCCACGAGGAGCAGGUCGCAGCAGCCAAUGCUUUUGCCUCGGCCUGGGCUCCGACCGCCGCGCAGCAGGGUGCAGCCCUCGGCGAGCCGAGUGCCGGGUCCGCCGGGCACUACCAGGGCCAGUGCAGGCCGUGUGCCUUCUCCACCACGAAGGGAUGUUCCAGCGGCAACGAGUGCCAGUUCUGUCACCUCUGCGCACCCGGCGAGAAGAAACGGCGGCAAAAGGCCAAACGUGCCUUCUUCGGUGCCUUGGCAGAAAUGCAGCGGGCGCUGACUGAGAGCGUGCCUUCAGCGAGCCCGCAGAGCGGCCCGCCAGGGCCAAUGCCCCGAAAUUAG